CAGUUAUGUUUCAAGGUGAGCUUGAAGCAGAGGGACAGGUGACAUGGGGAAAAAAAUAACUCCUUCACUGAGACGGUCUGUACAUCAGUCAGUGUCAUUCUCAACGGUCAUAUUACAAGCCUACACUCUCAAUAGAGACAGUGGGAAAAUAAUGGGAUCUUUCAGGUUGUGAUAAUUGAAGAGCAGUAAAGGGCUUGACCAGGACUGGCCAUUUACAAAGGUCGAAAAGGAGGUUAUGUUACAGAACAGUGUUUUGAUUAAGAGCCUGAUUCCUCUUCUCCUGCACUUCAUUGUAAACUAUUCAAGUUCACUCCCCACACCUCUAAACAUCUCAAUGCAGUCUGUAAACAUGAAACACAUCCUUAUAUGGAGCCCUUUGCAGGUGCCCUGUUCCACUGUCAACUAUACUGUGCAGUAUCAGGGGGAGUAUGAGUUACACAAACUGAAUGGAACUUGGGUGGAUGCAUAUGACUGCCAAGAGAUUAGUGAAAACAAGUGUGACCUGACUUCUGACCUGGCCGCCAACUCUGACUACAGCAUCCGCAUAAAGACAAAAUGCGAUGGCCAGAAAUCAUGGGCACAACUACCAGCGACCUUCAACAGGAUAAAUACUGUGCUGUUGGCUCCUAAAAUGAUGAUAGCUGUGGAGGGGGACCUCAUUCAGGUUGCCCUCAGUACAACCCUUCCUUAUAUGACUGUAAACCUUCAAGUCUGGAAGGAGGGGGAUGAACAGAAUGCUUUACUUCAUGUAAUCAGAGCUUAUCCCUAUCAUUUUUCCAUUGCUGCUCAUCGAGGGGAAGAGAGGAUGUGCUUAAAGGCAGAAUCACUCGUGGAGGUCAUUAACAAGAGCUGCAGCACUGACACGCAGUGCGUCUUCAUUCCUAAGCAGACAUCUGACUUUGUGAAGCCUUUGAUGGUGAGCAUAGCUGUGGUGGUAGCAGUUGCCAUUUCCUGUAUUUUGGGUUGGUCAGCAACACGUUUUGGUCCACAGAUCAAACAAAACAUUUGCCACAGAGAGCCCCUUCCUAAUGUACUGCUUCAUGACUGGCCCACCAGCACACCCAUUCUCUGUACAGAUUAUUCACUGGAAUCCACAGACACACUUUUGCAGCUCCACCCUGCAGAGAGUCAGUGUACUGCUGUAAAGGCAGAGGGAACGGUCUGAGUGAGGCAGCGUACAGAACAUGAGGCUGAAAAUCAAACUCAAAAUCAAACUCUUGAGCAGUUAUGUCUAAGAGAUCAUGGUGUGUAGAUGGACUGCUGUUACUAACUGCCGUUCAACCCAAAACAUGACAUUCUAUGGUAUUUCGCCUGAGGAAAAGGCAACUGAGAAGAAAAGUUUUGUGUCAGGCAUUUGAAUUAAACCAGCUCUUGGAGGAAAAAGGGACAGUUGAAAGAUUAACCUCUUCCAACAGAACUCAAAAGGAGCAUUGCGGUUCAGCUUGCAGACAGUACAGACAGACGUUACCAAGGUUUUUUCCUUGUUCAAGAAUGAAGAAUGCUAAAGAAUAUAAUCUGUGUCCUUUGAUAAUGAUUUGUGUUGAAUUUUAUGAAAAAUAAGUGUUAAUAAUGGUUGAUGCCGGAAACUCACAGCUCCAAAUGAUGGACCCAGAAGUCCUGUAGCCAUCUUAAAAACGUAACUGACAAAUGUGGAAAUAACACCUUAUUCUGAGAAAAAUUAUAAAAAAAAAGAAAUGGAGAACGGAACAGAAUUGUAUAUGCACCAAGGAAUAAUGUAUUUUCAGUUGGUCAUUAUAACACAAUAACCCCCAACAGGGAGACCAGGACCCCAACUGGAAGCAGAGGGGUUUUGUAAAACUCUGAAGGUUUAUAUUUUUUGCAAAAAUUACCUGCUGACAGUACAUUAAACCACUUAUUACAUGGCUACUUAAUAAAUAAAUCGAUACAUGGAAAUCAUAUCAGAAGAAAGAGACCCCAGACUGAUUUGAGAGGAAUGAAAAUAGCACAGCUACUGUAUGUAGAAAACAGUACAUUUUAAAGUUUUGCAGUCAUUACACAACAAUGACCGCAGAAUGCCAUGAUUAACCAAUCAGAAUUAAUUAUUUCAAAUAGCCAUGCAAUAAGAUACAGAUAACAUAUGUGGGGUGUAGGGGUGUAAAUAACGAAUUACAAAUACUCACUUUACAGUAAUUAAGUAGUUUUCCCCUGGAAUUGUACUUUUUUAAGAAGUUUAAAAAUUGUAUACUUUUACUUUUACUUGAGUAUGUUUUAAGUGCUGUAACUGUACUUUUAAUGUGCUAUUUUCCCACCAUCUGUGUUCGCUUCGUCCCUGUUCUGAUUAAAUUUUUAUCUAUCAACAUUAUUGGCUACAGAGAGUCUCAUGAGUCCCGUCAAAUCACAGACUUGAACACCAGCUGUAGAUAUGGCGCCAACUGUGGAGGAUGCCUCAAGCAGAGACAUUGCUCUAGCCUCAAGCACAGUUCAACACCUGGAAGGGAUUUUUGCAGUGAAAAAGGCCAAUCGCAUGAUUGUGUCAUGUGAGUUUAACUUGUUCAGAUAUCAGCAUUAAUCCUGCCUCUAAUUUGAUGAAACAUAUCGAGGUAAAUUUAAUAUUUCUUCUUACUAAAUUCUGUGUGUCUAUAAUGUAACCUUUAAAUGAGCUUUCUAUCACUGAGAUUAUUGGGUUGAUGUGAGAGAUUAAGGCAAUGUCAUCAAUAG